CCGGUCGCUCUGUGGGGUUGGCAGCAAUGUGAGCUGGACUCCCGCCCUGGAGGAGCCUGGACCAAACGUCCUCGGAGAGUCGCCGGCCGUGCCAGGAAGUCAACUUCAAGCAGAUUGACUUGAACUGGGAUCUCACUUAGGAAGCAAUGAGCAAUGCAAAGAGCUGGCUUGGACUUGGCUUGUCCUUGUACUUCUGGGGAUUGAUGGACCUUACGACCACCGUUCUCUCGAGCACACCAACACCACCAGGCAAAUUAAAAGCGCUCCUGUCAGACAAGCCACAGUUACACUCAAGGACAAAGAGGAGCUGGGUUUGGAACCAGUUUUUUGUUCUGGAAGAGUACACUGGAACUGACCCUUUGUAUGUCGGGAAGCUUCAUUCAGACAUGGACAGGGGCGAUGGAUCCAUCAAAUACAUACUCUCCGGAGAAGGUGCAGGCAUCGUGUUUACCAUCGACGACACCACUGGGGACAUUCAUGCCAUUCAGAGGCUUGACCGAGAGGAAAGGGCUCAGUAUACUUUAAGGGCUCAAGCCCUAGACAGGCGGACAGGCAGGCCAAUGGAGCCGGAGUCAGAGUUCAUCAUCAAAAUCCAAGACAUCAAUGACAAUGAGCCCAAGUUUCUGGAUGGACCUUAUAUUGCCAAUGUACCAGAAAUGUCACCAGUGGGGACCUCUGUUAUCCAAGUGACAGCCACCGAUGCUGAUGACCCAACCUACGGCAACAGUGCCCGGGUAGUGUACAGCAUUCUCCAGGGCCAACCAUACUUUUCUGUGGACUCCAAAACAGGUGUAAUUAGGACGGCACUCACGAACAUGGACCGAGAAGCCAAAGAGUACUAUGAAGUGAUUAUUCAAGCUAAGGACAUGGGAGGGCAGCUUGGAGGAUUAUCUGGGACCACAACGGUCAACAUCACCCUCUCAGAUGUCAAUGACAACCCACCCCGCUUUCCCCAGAAACAUUAUCAGAUGAGUGUAUUGGAAUCAGCUCCUGUUAGCUCCACUGUGGGGAGAGUGUUUGCCAAGGACUUGGACGAAGGAAUCAAUGCAGAGAUGAAGUACACUAUUGUGGAUGGAGAUGGUGCUGAUGCCUUUGACAUUAACACAGAUCCCAAUUUCCAAGUUGGCAUCAUAACUGUGAAGAAGCCCCUGAGUUUUGAAAGCAAGAAAAGCUACACCUUAAAAGUGGAGGGAGCCAAUCCUCACCUAGAGAUGCGGUUUCUGAACCUGGGCCCCUUUCAGGACACAACCACAGUGCACAUCAGUGUGGAAGAUGUGGAUGAGCCCCCCAUAUUUGAACCUGGCUUUUAUUUUGUGGAGGUACCUGAAGAUGUGACUAUUGGAACAACCAUACAGAUCAUUUCUGCCAAGGACCCAGAUGUGACCAACAACUCAAUAAGAUAUUCCAUUGACAGAAACAGUGACCCUGGAAGAUUCUUCUAUGUCGACAUUACAACAGGUGCCCUAAUGACCGCAAGACCCCUUGACCGGGAAGAGUUUUCUUGGCAUAAUAUCACUAUCCUUGCUAUGGAAAUGAACAAUCCCUCCCAGGUUGGAAGUGUUUCCGUCACAAUCAAAGUCUUAGAUGUGAACGACAAUGCUCCAGAGUUCCCCAGAUUCUACGAAGCCUUUGUCUGUGAGAAUGCCAAAUCGGGGCAGCUGAUCCAGACAGUGAGUGCAGUGGACCAUGAUGACCCACACACUGGUCAGCACUUCUACUACAGCUUGGCUCCUGAGGCUGCUAACAACCCCAACUUCACCGUAAGGGACAACCAAGAUAACACUGCCCGAAUCCUAACCAGGAAAUCUGGCUUCCGGCAGCAGGAACAGAGCAUCUUUUACCUGCCGAUCCUGAUAUCGGACAACGGGCAGCCUAUGCUCAGCAGCACGGGCACACUGACUAUCCAGGUGUGCAGCUGUGAUGACAAUGGCCAUGUCCUGUCCUGCAGCCCCGAGGCCUACCUGCUCCCAGUCACUCUGAGCCGGGGUGCCCUCAUCGCCAUUCUGGGCUGCAUCUUUGUCCUCUUAGUGCUGGUGCUGCUGAUCCUGUCCAUGAGGCGGCACCGGAAACAGCCCUACAUCAUCGACGACGACGAGAACAUCCACGAGAACAUCGUCCGCUACGAUGACGAGGGCGGCGGCGAGGAGGACACCGAGGCGUUUGACAUCGCGGCCCUGUGGAACCCGCGGGAGGCGCAGGUGGGCGGCGCCCCCAAGUCGCGGCAGGACAUGCUGCCCGAGAUUGAGAGCCUCUCCCGCCACGUGCCUCAGACGUGCUCCGUGAGCAGCACUGUCCACAGCUACGUGCUGGCCAAGCUCUACGAGGCCGACAUGGACCUGUGGGCCCCUCCCUUUGACUCCCUCCAGACCUACAUGUUCGAGGGGGACGGCUCGGUGGCGGGGUCGCUGAGCUCCCUGCAGUCAGCCACGUCAGACUCGGAGCAGAACUUCGACUUUCUCACAGACUGGGGACCCCGCUUCCGGAAGUUGGCCGAGCUCUACGGAGCGUCGGAGGGGCCAGCCUCCCUGUGGUGACGGAAGCCCGUGCCCGACAAAACCCUGGCGUUCGAGGCGCAGGCUUCGCGGACUAGGUGCAACCAACACACGCUAGCAAUACUGUGCUGGAGGAUGAGAAGGGGGUGAGCAGGGGAACGGAAUCCUUUCUGGAUCAGCUUUACUACUUGGUUAGAUUAAAGAAACACAAGGAAACACAAGAAGAAGGGGGCAGAAUCUCCAAUUAUCUUUUUUUUUUCUUUUUUAACUUUUGGGGCAUCGUCUUCAAAGGCUUGGAGUCCGAGGUUAAGUGCGGCAAGCUUGGCUUUUCUUUGCCUUUCACGAAGGCCUUUGUCACUUUUCCCCCACAAAGAAGCUCUGAUCUUAGGGUGGCAGUUGAAAGCAGACAGAAAGCUCUACUCUCACGUUCUUUUUUAUUUUAUUGUAUUUUCCAAUUAAGAGUUUUGCUGACUCAUCAAACCGCACAAAACAACCCACACAAAAGAACACUGAAAAAAAUAAUGUUACCCGGUGGAAUUAACCUACUUGUCCUGAGAUGGAUGGAAUUUCUUUUAACCCUUUUGAGACCAGGGGA